AUAUUGAUAAUUUAAUACAACAAUGUCAAAUAUAGUAGAAUGGAUUCCUUAUAAUAAUUUGCAAAAUAUUAAAUACUUAACUAAAGGUGGAUGUUCUGAAAUUUAUACAGCACUUUGGAUUGAUGGAAAUUAUGAAGAAUGGGAUCCAAAAGAAAAACAAUUAAAAAGAUGUGGACGGAUAAAUGUAGUGCUCAAAAAAUUAGAAAAUGUUGAAAGUGCCAAUAAAAGUUGGUUUGAUGAGGGUAUAUCUCAUUUACACAUAAGUAGCAAAACUUCCCUUAUAGUACGAUGUUAUGGUUUAACUCAAAAUCCAUUUAAUGGAAAUUAUAUGCUUGUAAUGUAUCCUAUGAAUAUAAAUCUAAGAGAAUAUUUGCAACAAAAUCAUAAUAAACUUACAUGGAAAGAAGGAAUUCAAAUUAUUUCUGAUAUAGUUACUACAGUUUCAAUGAUUCACCAAGAGAACGCAAUUCACAGAGAUUUACAUUCUGGAAAUGUAUUAUUUAGCCAAAUUAAUCAAGGAUUUUAUGUCAGUGAUCUUGGAUUUUGUGGACCAGCUAAUAUACCAUUAGAUAGUAUAUAUGGUAAUCUUUCAUAUAUAGCACCUGAAGUUAUUGUUAAAAAGAAAUAUUCUUUUGCAUCUGAUAUUUAUAGUAUUGGCAUGCUUAUGUGGGAAAUCUCAUCUGGACAACCACCUUUUAUUAAAAAACAUGAUUAUGAUCUUGCAAUAAAAAUAAUAAAUGGAAUGAGACCAAAAAUAAUACCGGGCACUCCUUUAGAAUAUAAAGAAUUAAUGGAACAAUGUUGGGAUGCUAAUCCUAUGAAAAGACCUGAUAUUGGCACUCUUUUAAAUAAAUUUAGAGAUCUCCUUAGAGUAUAUACUCAAAAUGAAAAUGAACAAAGAAUAAUUAGUAAAUUCAUAAAUAUUAAUAACUCUCAAUUAAAUACAAGAUUUAAUGUAAAUUCUAGCUCUACUAAUAGUUCCUUUUUUGGAAGGUUUAGUGUAAGUUCUAGUAAUUGGAAUAUUAGUAGUAGUAGAGUUUAUAAUUUUGAAAAUUUACCUGAACCAAGAAAUGCAACAAAAGGUAAGAAUUCUUUAUUGUGCAGUUUUAGUUUAUACAAUAUAAUAUUAAUUAUUCAUUUUAUAUAUUUAGUAGAACAAGAUGGUAAUUAUUAA